AUGGUAGCCCUGCAGACUUCCAAGACCCUUGGGAGCUGGCUUCUGUUGACCCAAGCUGCCUUGUCUCAAGACAAAACCAAUGGGAAAUCUCCCCUGGGGACUAUUGGGGCACCCAAGCUCCCGCCCUUCCUGACAAACAACCCGUUGCCCCAAGGCAAGCCGUGGGGACCGCUCACAGUCGAUGGAACCAACCCGUACUCCACCUGGCCCAACACCGGCGUCACUCGUAACUACGACUUCACCAUCAGCCGCGGGACAGUUGCUCCAGAUGGGUAUGAAAGAUCAGUUCUGCUGGUUAACGGGGCGUUCCCGGGACCAACUAUCGAAGCAAACUGGGGCGAUUGGAUCGAGGUUAAGGUGACCAACAAUAUCACCACCGGCACCCCUGAAGGUACUGCCCUUCACUGGCACGGGUUUCUCCAGAAGGGCACCCAGUAUGAAGAUGGCGUACCUGCAGUUUCAAUGUGUCCUAUUGCACCCGGACAGACGUACACCUACAGGUUCCAGGCUUCACUUUAUGGCACCACUUGGUACCACUCUCACUACUCGUCUCAAUAUGCCGGCGGCGUGGUAGGGCCCAUGGUCAUUUAUGGCCCUGGAAAGCUCUCCGCUGAUAUUGACCUCGGCCCGGUCAUGCUCUCAGAUUGGUACCACGAACAAUACUACGACCUGCUGGAGGAGAUGUUGAAAGUCGGAGGAAGCGGCCUAGUCUUUUCGGUCAACAACCUUAUUAACGGCAAAGGCAACUUCAACUGUUCUGAUGUCACCCCUGGAGACAACACCAAGUGCACCAAUGAUGCCGGUCUCUCCAAGUUCGUAUUCCAGACAGGCAAGACCCACCGUCUCCGCCUCAUCAACUCUGGCGCCGAAGGUACACAGCGAUUUUCUAUUGAUGACCACACUCUCACGGUUAUCGCCAACGACUUUGUCCCAGUUGAACCCUACGAUACAAAGGUCGUUACUCUUGGCGUCGGCCAGAGGACGGAUAUCCUCGUCAAGGCCAACGGAAACGCUAAUAGUGCCUACUGGAUGCGUAGCAACAUCAGCAGCUGCAGCUCAACCAACCAGCCCUUCGGCCUUGCUGCCAUCUACUAUGACAAGGCCGACCAGUCAAAAGCCCCAACUAGCCAAGCGUGGGACGUCGCGGACCCUGGAACUUGUGUCAACGAUGAUCUCUCCCUCACUAAGCCCGUCUUUAAGAUGGCGCCUGCCAACAUCCCUGUUACCCGAAACCUCGAGAUCAAGCUCUUCCGUAACGAUUCUGGUAUCAUUCAAUGGUCGCUGGGGGGUGAAGACUUCCGGGGCGAUUAUAACAACCCCACGCUCGAACAGGCCAUCAAGGGUAACUUGACCUUUGACGCUCAGUGGAACGUCGACAACUAUUCAAACAACGGCAGCAUCCGUAUAGUCAUUAGCAACAACAGUCCUGCAGCCCACCCGAUGCAUUUGCACGGAUUUAACAUGUAUGUACUGGCUGAGGGCCCUGGGCUCACCUGGGACGGGACCAUCACCGACGCCCAGAACCCGCAGCGCCGCGACGUCCAGCUGGUACGCGCCAACGGCCACAUGGUCCUGCAGAUCGACACCGCCGACAACCCGGGCGUGUGGCCGUUCCACUGCCACAUCGCCUGGCACGCAUCGGCUGGCCUGUUCUCCCAAUUCCUAGUGCAGCCCGAGAAGGUGAAGCAAAUCAAGCUCCCUCAAGCCAGCCUGGAUACCUGCAACCAGUGGCAGGCCUGGACCCAGAGAAACAUUGCCGACCAGAUCGAUAGUGGCUUGUAG